AUGGAUUCCACCGCACAAUGCCUCGUGUCUGCGGCUGACGCCGCCAUCCUUACCGAACCCUGCGCCAUGGUCAGCGACGCAGACCUCUACGGCAUCGGGAUCCGACUGGGCUUCUAUUUCCAGUGGAUAAUCACCUUAAUAGUGACAUACAACGCCUUCGAGUACGAGAUGCUCCACCGCACCAUCAACAUUAUCCUACAGGUCGGCGUCUUCUCUGUCAUGCUGUUGUAUACCAGCACCGGCUCCUUGCGCAUUGCCGACGCCGCCGUCGGCUUCUGGCUGCUUUUUGGCUCGCUAUCCGCGCUGAGUGGAAACACGUCUACCUACGGGUUGCUCUCCCGCGUCGUGCGGAUGGCCUUUUACACUCUGUUGUCGGGCUACAUUGCCUGGCUGUGGUUCGGCGGCAUCACCCAGCUAGAGGCCCGUCCCGGCAACGGUGUCGAUGGGCUCCCCUGCGAGACAGUCGUGUUCUUUGGCCGGGCCACUGCAGAGAACCCAGGCAUGCAAGGGCUUGCCCGAGCCGCGGCCAUCAUCGGCGUCCUGGCCUUCUUUUUCCUGAUGGUUAGGCGAAUAUAUGACGCCACGCCGGCGGGGUCGAAGCAGGAGGAAAAGGCACGUCAAGGUGGGGACGAUGGGCCGAAUGGGUGGCUGGCGCUGUUGUCUGUGACACUGAUUAUCAUCUCCAUCGUGGCUAUCGAGUAUCUGAUUCGGGCGAACCAGAUGGGAGGCAUGGGGGGCCUCUGGCGCGUGGAUCAACUCAUACCAUUUUUGAUAGGACUUUUUGGACUCUUGGAUACGCUACUGAAGAUAUUCAUCGACACCGAUAAGCUACGUAGCCCUGUAUGGGAUCUGGGAUCCUUCAGGCGAAAACUCCCUUCUUAG